CCCAUAGACCUCAACAGCAGUGUCGUGGCUCAUCUAUUGUGCGUCAUCUUGUGCUAAAGGCGAAAAUCGCCAAUCACUUUUACUAGCCUGUAACAGCAAACGGAUACCGGGAGAACCGGGAGUUUUCCAAAAUGAGCAGUUCAGAGGAAGUGUCAUGGAUCUCCUGGUUCUGUGGACUACGGGGAAACGAAUUCUUCUGCGAGGUUGAUGAAGACUACAUUCAGGAUAAGUUCAACUUGACCGGACUCAAUGAACAGGUUCCACAUUACAGGCAGGCUCUCGAUAUGAUUUUGGACCUGGAGCCAGGUAAGGGCAGAGAUGAGGAGCUGGAGGACAAUCCUAACCAGAGUGACCUGAUCGAGCAGGCAGCUGAGAUGCUGUACGGUCUGAUCCAUGCACGUUACAUCCUCACCAACCGUGGCAUCGCCCAGAUGCUGGAGAAGUACCAGCAGGGAGACUUUGGCUACUGCCCCAGAGUCUACUGUGAGAAUCAGCCCAUGCUGCCCAUAGGCCUUUCUGACAUCCCUGGAGAGGCCAUGGUGAAGCUCUACUGUCCCAAGUGCAUGGAUGUGUACACGCCCAAGUCCUCCCGGCACCACCACACGGACGGGGCCUACUUUGGCACAGGCUUCCCCCACAUGCUCUUCAUGGUGCACCCCGAGUACCGGCCCAAGAGACCUGCCAACCAGUUUGUGCCCAGGCUCUAUGGCUUUAAGAUCCAUCCAAUGGCUUACCAGCUGCAGCUGCAAGCCGCCUCCAGCUUCAAGAGUCCAGUCAAAGCCAUCCGCUAGGACCCCCAUUCUGGGGACUGGAUGGAGGAGAAGGAGAGAGGGCGAGUGGGUGGGAUGGGGGCGGGGGGGUUAAUUAUCGGUGAUGGAGAGGAGGGGGUGGUGUACCUCAGUUACCACACAACACACACACACAUACAUAUAUGCGCACACACACACAUACACAUACACAUACACACAUACAAACACCCACCCACCACUGCGAGGGCAGAAAAGAAAUGUUUUGUUUUAGACUUAGUGACCUUGAGAGAAGACAUUAAAGUAUCAAGAGUGUGUGUUCUAUAUAUAAAAAAUGGAUGGACGGCUUAAAAAAGAAAAAAAUCAAGUUCUCUUCUCUAGUCACAUGCACACAUGCUCAUACUCCUUGUGUACAAAUACAUACACACACACACACACACACACACACAAACAAUCACUCACUCGUAUACACAUACACACAGACACAUACAGACACUCAUAGCGUGAGAAGGGGAGAGGAUAUCCCACUGUUUUGAAUAUUUGCUCACAUGUCCGUCAUCAUCGCAAGCCCUUUUUUGUUUUAAACCAGGAUGUUACAUUUGAGGUGCAGACCUCGGCUUCUGUAGUGUUUCAGUAUUGUCUCCCAUGCUAGUGAGCCAACCCCCUUACUCCCCCUUAUUACAAUACUAUAGUGCAGAAAGUUCCCUCUGGUUUGUGCCCGGAGCCCCUUCCCCGGCUGUUCCUCAACACUGUUACCGGUUGAUACAAGCAAGAGCCCGCAGGUGACCGGUGAAGGCAUCAGGCUAAAGCCUCCCCCGUGCCCCUCUCUCUCGGUCUCUUGGCACUGUUUUCAUAGUCGCAGCACAGGUGGCGUUCUGGGUGGACUCUUAAAUAGUCAUUUGCAUGGCGUCCUCAGACGUUUCACAGUUGCACUGCUCAAACCACCCAGUCUUAACUUGCCUUAAAAUGCAGUUAGUGGAAGCCCUGGAGUGCAUUGAAGGGUCCCAGUGUGUGUGUUGGGACUGGAAGGCAGAGGCUGUGUAUGUUUGGUUCUUGGCUCUGAUGCAGCGACUCUUUUUGGAGGGCUGAACUGUCGGCCCUUGUAUUGUACCGCUAGAGUCUCUUGUGACGCCUGGGAGUGUUUGGGGCACAUCUGGAAUGCCCCCCCCCCCCCUUUCCCUUUCUCACAAGCAAACACACAUACACACGGUCACAAACAUACAAACGAAUACACACACACACACACACACACAUGUUUAUCAGGCACGCACAAGCACUGAUUCAUAUUGGUGGUUCCUUUGCCUCCAGUAGAACAAUUUAUGUGAGAUGCGCAACGACAUGCCUCCAUGGUGACAUUUUGUGUUCCUCUUCUGUGUGUGUGUGUGUGCGUGUGUGUUUUUUUUCUUCCUUCCUCCUCAGAGUGCAUCAGAUGUUAUUUGUGUGGUAGGCCAGAUGUACCCAGCUUUCUAAGUUUUCGAAAGAAUUACACAUACGACGGACGGAUGGAGUGGACUGUAAUUAUUGUUAGUUUUAAACUCGUUUUUUUUUUCUUUUUUUUUCUGGGUUCUUUUUUUGCUGCUGUUAAAAGAGGAACCAGGGUUCAAAUUUCACAAUAAACAUUUUUUUUCCUAAUA